AUGCCCUACGACACAGGGAAAGAUAUUGCCGAUGGCAACGCAUCGCGCACGUCCGUCUCCGACCUCGAAGAUUCUCCCUUGACUGGCAACGAAGAGCAACGAUUCCAGCUGAAGCAGCACCGAAAGUGCAGGCCGCAAUGGCCCGCCAACGACAGUCCAAUCUGGAAAGUCUGGUCACUCAUCAUGACCGUGUGCAGUCUCCUCCUGCUGCUCAGCACCGUCAUCCACAGAAACAACCCCAAACCAGAGAUCCUUGCCUCGUGCCGCACGACGUCUCCUCUCGAGAAUUACCCCCAUCCCGUCGAGACGUGGAAGAAGGAGAACCUGAUCGAGACAAAGUACUACCGUGACCUGCGAUACAUGACGCUGGACCACGAGGCGGAUUAUCUGUGGCGGGAGCACGUUCUCAUGGCGACGGGCAACAUUCGCGUGCCGUCCGAGGAUGGCGAAGAAAACGGCACGUUGAUGAGUAUCAGCAUGUUCCAUCAACUGCACUGUCUGGCCAAAAUGCGUCUGGCCCUGCAGCAAGCGCGCGAAGGGAUCGACAUUGGCGUCGACUGGCGCGACGAUGCCCACUGGCCGCAUUGUUUUGAUUAUUUACGUUCAUCAAUCAUGUGCUUCGCCGAUGGAACGCUGGAGAGAGUCACGCUCCAGCCUGGACCGCGAGAUGAUGGCACUUUUGUGAAGAUCAUCGAUGGCGGCGUUGAGACAAGAUAUUGCCGGGAUACGAGGCCGUUGUAUGAACUUGAGAGGCAGUAUGGUCCCAAUUCUCACUAUGGACAUGACGCCGCGGAAGAGUUUCAAGUGGCUCCGGGGCGAUAA